AUGACGCUUAAAGCUAUAAUCGGCGAUAAAGUCAUUGAGGCAUCAUGUUCACUAAAAAAGGGUAACUUCGGAGAAAAAAAACAUUCCAAACCCCUCCCCUCCCCCCUCCAUUCAAAUUCUCCAGACCGAUCUCCUUGAAUUUCCUUACAAAAUAAGUUAAGAGAAUUUGAUAAGACUGAGAUCAAAGCAGUUUUUCUUUGGUGAUCAUUUUAAUAAAAUUUCUUUUUUAAAAAAUGCACGUAACUUUAAAACAUUUACAAAUAACCGUGCAAGUGUUAAAGCACUUAUUUUGAAUGCUCCAUAUUACUUACAAUGCCAUAUCUUUAAUUUUCAUUUAACUCCAUGUUUUGACAGAAUUUCUUGCAUUCAGGUCAAGGUGCUAGACUGCUUAGCUCGAGAAUUAUGCUAAAUUGGCAGCAAUAGUGGCGUCGUAAAAGAUUCACACUUAAUAUUUCGGUUACUAAUCUCAAUUGACCUGUUCGCUUCUGGAGAUUUUGCCAAAAAAUGACUCUUGAAGCUACAAUCGGCGACAAAAUUAUUGAGGCAUUAUGCUCACUAAAAAAGGGGUAACUUAGGAGAACAAAACUAUCCAAAUCCCUCCCUCCCUCUCCCCUCCNACUGCUUAGCUCGAGAAUUAUGCUAAAUUGGCAGCAAUAGUGGCGUCGUAAAAGAUUCACACUUAAUAUUUCGGUUACUAAUCUCAAUUGACCUGUUCGCUUCUGGAGAUUUUGCCAAAAAAUGACUCUUGAAGCUACAAUCGGCGACAAAAUUAUUGAGGCAUUAUGCUCACUAAAAAAGGGGUAACUUAGGAGAACAAAACUAUCCAAAUCCCUCCCUCCCUCUCCCCUCCAUUCAAAGUUGGGGUGUUUUUUUUUUUGUUUUCUACAGGUAGCUUGAUCCGCGGCAAAACAUUGCAUGGAGGGGGUGAGGGAGGGAAAGCUUUAUUUUCCCCUGCAUAAGUUGGCAAACGUCAGAGAGGUCCUUUAGGGCAAAGUUUGUCAACUAAUUUUGUCGUCAAUUGUACUUAAGCCAUUUUCUUUCCAAAAAGAGUGUGAGGGGGAGUCGGGGGUACAGGGGGUACAGGGGGUACACGGGGCGGGAUCCCGGGGAAAUAGGGGCCAGAGAGAUACAAUAGGCCGGAGGGAAAAGAGCAGGAAGUGGCCUAGUUCUAAAAGUAGGGAAAGCGGGAGAAACUAGGGGAAAAUUAAGCCAAACUAUAUACUGGUAUUAUUACUUUACGUACCAAAACCUAACAGAAUUAACGUCUUCUAUUGAUUUUAUUAGGGCCGCGGCGGUUAUUCGGGGGCGAGGGUGGCGGGCGCUUAGUCGGGAGCGGUGCUUAUUGGAGUAAAUACAAUAUUUGGCCACAUCAUCAUAAUGAAGCAGACAGCCAUGACACAGCCCCUUCAAUGACGUGUUACUUACGUCAUUAAUGACGUUAAAACAAUUAGGGCCUAAUGUUAUCACUUUUAAGAGUUAGGAAAAAAAGUUAUUGCAUUUAGGACUUUAUUACAUUUAGGGCAAAAUGUUAUUACAUUUAGGACUUCAACAAAUGUCAGGUCAGGUACCUGGGCCCGGUUGUGGAUAGUGGAAGCACUAUCCACUGUAUAAAUCUCUGUCCAAUGGACAACGCAAUUGAUUUCCUUAAUACUUAUCCAUUGGAUAGUGAUUUAUCCUUCGGAUAGCGCUAGCCAAUGUUUGAACAAAGGGGGCCUGUACAACACAGUUUAAGGGGCUGUGUCAUUGCAGUACAGCUCAUUUUGUUUAAUUUUGCCAAUUACUCGUCCUCAAUCUUUAUUGAACUUAAAGUAAGCAAAGAAAUUACAUGUAAAUGACAAAAUCAGAGAUCCGAGACAAACAAAUACGUCUGCUGAGCCUUAUUUUUGAAGUUGCAAGCAGCAGGGAUCAACUUUGAAAGACUGUUAAGCUGAACAGUUUUUCAAAAACGCUAAUUUCAAUCCGCGUUUUGCCCAUCCGUGGAAUCUGUUGUUUUUGUUGUAUUAUUUUAACCUUCCUUUAAUGUUUUAAGCAGUUAUUUUUAUGUUUCUCCUAGUUUAACGGCAUUUUGUAAUUUCCUGAUUUGGUUGAAUUUCGUGACACAGCUCCUUUGAUAAUAUGCUCUAAACAAAAGAGUUUUAUCCUGGACACUGACCGCCCAGGCAGUUUAAUCUCUGCAGAUCGAAUCGUUAGUGUCAAAUUUUAUCAUAUCUUUAAUCCCUGUUGAACGGAUAUUUGGAAAAUUUCAUAGCUCUUGUGAAGAUAAAUAUUCUUAAUCAUCAGUACAAUCAGUGUCCAUGCAUCUACUGAGACAUGCCACAGAAAAAGGAUGUGACCAUUAUUCUUACUGGAAUCAGUAAACAGUCGAUAAUAGAUAAUAGAGGUGUCGGUACUAUGAGGGAGUCCGGAGAGUUUUGACUGGACAUUCUUAUUAGUUAUUUAGCAUUCUGCUUGUACUAAGUUAACUGGUCUAAGCCUUAAGGUAUUUUAAAGCCUUGAAGAGGCUUCAUUAGCCAUAUAAUUACCUUAAGGGAUAAUUUAAGAAUAAUUUCCCACAGUACAGUGAAGCAGCGCUUUUAACUGAUUCCAAAGAAAGCCUAACGUAAAAAUGAACUUGGAAUGUAAAUAAAAAGGGAUGUUGUGUAAGUUUAUUCAAUUUCAUUGCUCAAACUGGGACUGCCACAUACGUGUAGUUUAUAUAGUAAGGUCCGAACAGGACAAUCCCCAUCUGACGUCAUUGUUAAACCUCUCAACUAUUAGGUGGUGUUUCACUGUAAAAAUAAUCAGUUAUUAAACAAAUAGAGAUUUAUAAGGUCGAGUGAUUAUAAGAUAACUUACGCACAAUUCAUUCAUUCUGAGUUUGGGAAUAGAAUCUACUUGAAAGCUUACUGGAUUUUCAGUCCGUGCGGUUGCCUUCAGCUUAUUUAUCCCUUUUUAUAAAAUAAACUGACAAAUUUUCCAAAUAUCUUAAAAAUAUUUGUGAUAUCCGCUAGAUAAAAACCACUGAACUGCUUACUAUAAAUUAAGAAGAAUAAUCUUAUUUACUCGAGGCAACAGUUCAAGAAAUCUGAUUUAAAGUAAAAAAAAAAGGGAGACUGAGUAUUGUCAAGUGUUGGAAGAGCACUGUUAUACUUCCCUCUCUCCCCGCCUAUAAACUUUAGCAAUAAAAUAAAGUGAGAAAAAGUACAAGAGAAACGAAAAAUUCAGCACAAUGCUAGAUUCAGACGUAUAUCAAUCGGUUCCUCAAAGCCAAGGCCUACCAAAGAGUCAGAAAAGAGUAUCAGAGAAUCAUACCAUGGGACUCAUUACAAAGCAUGCUGCCAUACAUGACUGAGUGUAACUAUUUAAGAGUCUUGAAAAAGGUAUUUUCAUCCUUUAAAGCCGUUGCUAGAGUAGGAAUCUUUAGAUUGGACUAUGAGUACGAGAUUUGAUAACGAGUAGAAGUUUUUAAACCAGUUUCAUGCCCCCGGCGGAUAAACGUUUAUCACUGAUUUAGCUCCUUUUAAGGCUAUAUAUACAUUACUGUACCGGAUGUCUUUUCAGGCAUCGCCACGAACGUCAUACCAUGCAGAUAGGGCUUCUAUUCACACACAAGAACGGUGAUUUCGGAGCGAUUUCUGAGACGGAGGGAAGCUUCGCUGCGCCCAUCCCUAAAGCCGAGCGUCACAUACUGGAUAGGUCUUGUGCCAUUCUUUAAUUGGUGCAGUGUGCACACCUGUUCGGACCGUCGCGGAAGUAAAUAAGUAGGAGCGAGGACUGAAACUCACUGAGACAGACUGAGUAAAUAUUUGGGAGUAAGGAUUGGAAUUUAGUGCACCAAAUUUUCUCCACCAACCGCCCAGGCACGAUGUUUGAUGUGUGUGAACGAAUCAUUUUUGUUCCGGUUCCGUGCCGUUGCUGUUGCCCUAGAAAGCACUUCGACAAUAAAAUUUAGAGAAAGGCGUUUGCAGCUUCCAGCCUGAACAGAGUCUAUUUUGCUUUUAUUAUUAUUAUUAUUAUUAUUAUUAUUAUGAUGUGCAUGUCUCACACCUAUACGUGGCCUUAUUUAUUCCCCAAAACAUCAAGCUAUCUCCUAUAGCCUUAGUUGUCUAGGGUCCUUCUUAGGAUCGUAGCUGUUAUUAUAUCUACUUUAACUUUAUGCCAUAAUACAAAGUAAUAACCGAGCCAAUUACUAGGGCCAAGGGUUAGAAUGAGGGAGGAAUCUAUUUGAUGGAGAGUUGUGACUUUCGACCCCACAUUCGUUCAAUCUCGAUUUCAAGGUAUUUUGACAGUUUUUCACUAAUUAUUAUUAUUAUUAUUAUUGUUAUUAUUAUUACUACACAGAAUCACCAACCAAUCGCAUUUUUAAUUCAGUCAUAUUGAAGAACACUACUUGAUAACAUCUUCGGCCUGGAGGAACGAUGUCCAGGCGGCUGUCGGUGGCGUUGGUCUCCUACUCAGUCCUAAGACAAAGAAGACUCUGUGUAACGUGUUUUCGUACUCUGAGCGCGUUCUCCUAGCAGACUUUUCGGGCAGUCCAGCAACUAUUGUGAUCUUUGCAUACUCACCAACAAAUGUCUCCCCUGAAACUGAGGUGGAAUCCUUCUAUAACACCAACUAG